AGCUGGGACUACAGCCUGCUAUGGGAUGGAUGAAGAAGAGAAUCACUAUGUCUCACAGCUCAGGGAAGUCUACAGCAGCUGUGACACUACAGGGACCGGCUUUCUGGACCGUGAGGAGCUGACCCAGCUCUGCCUUAAGCUUCACCUGGAGCAGCAGCUGCCUGUUCUCCUGCAGACACUUCUCGGAAACAAUCACUUCGCCAGGGUUAACUUUGAGGAAUUUAAGGAAGGUUUUGUGUCUGUGUUGUCAUCAAAUGCUGGUGUUCGCCCCUCAGAUGAAGACAGUAGUUCUCUGGAAUCAGCUGCCUCCUGUGCCAUCCCACCAAAGUAUGUGAGUGGCUCUAAGUGGUACGGCCGUCGAAGCCGGCCCGAGCUGUGUGACGCUGCCACAGAAGCCAGACACGUGCCCGAGAAGCAAACCCAGGCCAGCCUGAAAAGUCAGCUCCGGCGCUCAGCGUCUCUGGAAAGUGUGGAGAGUCUCAAGUCAGAUGAAGAGGCCGAGAGCGCUAAAGAAGCUCAGAAUGAAUUAUUUGAAGCACAAGGGCAGCUGCAGACCUGGGAUUCCGAGGACUUUGGGAGCCCCCAGAAGUCCUGCAGCCCCUCCUUUGACACCCCAGAAGGCCAGAUCCGCGGCAUGUGGGAAGAGCUGGGGGUGGGCAGCAGCGGGCACCUGAGCGAGCAGGAGCUGGCUGUGGUCUGCCAGAGUGUCGGGCUUCGGGGACUCAAGAAAGAGGAACUUGAAGACCUGUUUAACAAACUAGAUCAAGAUGGAGAUGGCAGAGUGAGUCUUGAGGAGUUCCAGCUUGGCCUCUUCAGCCAUGAGCCCGCGCUACUUCUGGAGUCUUGCACUCAGGUUAAACCAAGCAGGCCUUGGUCUCAUUACCAGGUCCCAGAGGAGACCGGCUGCCACACCACCACGACCUCAUCCCUUGUCUCCCUGUGCUCCAGCCUGCGCCUCUUCUCCAGCAUUGAUGAUGGCUCCGGCUUCGCUGUUCCUGAGCAGGUCCUGGCCUUGUGGACCCAGGAAGGGAUUCAGAAUGGCAGGGAGAUCUUGCAGGCUUGCUACUUCCAGAGCCUGGACUUCAGCGUGGAUGAGAAGGUGAACCUUCUGGAGCUGACCUGGGCCCUUGACAACGAGCUCAUGACAGUGGACAGUGCCGUCCAGCAGGCAGCCCUGGCCUGCUACCGCCAGGAGCUGAGCUACCAGCAGGGGCAGGUGGAGCAGCUGGUGGGGGAGCGCGACAAGGCGAGGCAGGACCUGGAGAUGGCCGAGAAGAGGAACCUGGAGUUUGUGAAAGAGAUGGACGACUGCCACUCUGCCCUGGAACAGCUCACGGAGAAAAAAAUCAAGCACCUGGAGCAGGGGUACCGGGAAAGGCUGAGCCUCCUGCGGUCUGAGGUGGAGGCGGAGCAAGAGCUGUUCUGGGAGCAGGCCCACAAGCAGAGGGCUAUGCUGGAGCAGGACAUGGGGCGCCUACAGGCCGAGGAGGCUGGCCUCCGUGAGAAGCUGACCCUAGCCCUGAAGGAAAACAGUCGCCUGCAGAAGGAGAUUGUGGAAGUGGUGGAAAAGCUUUCAGAUUCGGAGAGGCUAUCCCUGAAGCUGCAGAAGGACCUGGAGUUUGUCCUGAAGGACAAGCUGGAGCCACAGAGUGCAGAGCUCCUGGCCCAGGAGGAGCGGUUCACAGCGGUCCUGAAGGAAUACGAACUCAAGUGCCGGAGGAUUGAGGACCUGCAGGACCGCAACGAUGAACUGCAAGCUGAGCUGGAAGGCCUGCGGACGCAGCUGCCUGAGAGCCGGCACAGCCCCUCAAGGGGCCCAGGUGGGCGUGGACGGCAGCUCUCUGGACUCAGCCCAGCAGUGAGUAUAGAAACAGAGCUGAUGGUGGAGCAAGUGAAAGAGCAUUACCAAGACCUCAGGACCCAGCUGGAGACCAAGGUAAAUUACUAUGAAAGGGAAAUUGCAGCACUGAAAAGGAACUUUGAGAAGGAGAGGAAGGACAUGGAGCAGGCUUGCAGGCGCGAGGUCAGCGUGCUGGAGGGUCAGAAGGCCGACCUGGAGGAGCUCAACGAGAAGUCUCAGGAGGUCAUCCAGGGCCUGCAGGAGCAGCUGCAGGAUGCAGCCCGUAGCCCCAGGCUUGCGUGGAUGGGGCUGGCACCCUGCUGCACACAGGCACCGUGUGGCCUGGCCCUGCGGCAUCAGAGCCACCUGCGGCAGAUCAGGAGAGAGGCGGAGGCGGAGAUGAGUGGAGAGCCGUCGCGGCUAGGAGCCCUGCCUGCCUGCGAGGACCUGACCCUGGGGCUGGAGGAACCACCGCAGGGAUUCCUGCCGCGCUGGAGCCGGAGGCCGGAGCAGCUGGAGCUGAAGAGGCCACAGUGGGUGGAGCGGGGACCACCAAAGCCGCAGUCCCGUGCGAGCAGAGAGCAUGCCCAGAUGUGCGCAUCGUUGGCCCUCGAGGAGGACGGGUGGGAGCUCGCCCGCGUGAAGCGAGCGGACAGGCCCCCCCGAGAAGCAGAGAUGCCGUGGGCCCUGCCGAAAGAUGGGCUGGUGGCAGGAAGAGGCCGGGAGGGCGCACACGGCCCUCCGCCAUUGUGUCCGCGCUGCGGGGAGUGGCUACUGGCCUGGCCGGCCACAGGCAAUGGCGGAGGGUCCGGGGAGGCGGCAGGAGCCGGGCCUGGCCGCAGGCAAGACCAGGACAAAGACGCUGUGCAGAGUCCGGCCUCCGCCCCCGCCCCAGCAUCCCACAGGCCCUCAGACAAGUCUCCCGUGCAGCCCCGUGGAGUGGAUGGGGGGACUGUCCCAGAGGAGCCAGAGCCUUUCUGUACCGGCACAGCAGGCCUGGAGCAGCCUGGAGCACAGGAGCUGCCUCUGCUGGGGACAGAGGGAAACGCCUUGCCUGCCCAGCCAGGGAUGUGGGAGCCACCCCUGAACCUGGCCGCCUUGUGCAGGGGACAGGCUGAGAGCCCACAGGCCGUUCAGGAAGAACCUGCGCGGAGCUGGAGCAGGGUGCGCCCAGUGGGGAGCCAGGGGCAGGCCUCGGAGGGGCAGGCCAGGGCCGAGGGCGCCCUGGAGCCUGGGUGCCACCAGCACAGAAUGGAGGUCACCAGGAGAAGGUCUUCGCCAUCCCCCUUCCAGCUCACAGACCCGCGGGGCACUGGACAGGAGCCCCUUGCUGUCCCAGGAGAGAAGGAGGCCGAAAUAGCGCUGGAGAGAGAGGUUGACAUGGAAACCAAACCUCUACAUCUGGAGGAAGUCGUCCGGGCUCUGGAGAAACACGAGAACGAUAGACUCGAGUUUCAGAGACUUACCGAAGAAAACACUUUGUUGAAAAACAACCUGGGAAGGGUUCGGCAAGAGCUUGAAGCUGCAGAAAGCACUCACGAUGCACAGAGGAAAGAAAUUGAGGUUUUAAAGAAAGACAGUGAAAAGGUCUGCUCUGAGAUGGAGGCACUCAACAGACAGAAUCAGAAGUACAAGGAUCAGUUAUCCCAGCUUAAUGACAGGGUUCUUCGCCUGGGGCAGGAGGCUUCUACCCACCAGACCCAAAACGAGGAGCAUCGUGUGACCAUUCAACUGUUAACACAGAGCCUGGAGGAGGUGGCAUGUAGCUGGCAGCAGCAGAGUGACCAAAUCCAAAAACUUGAAGUUGAACUUGAACGCCUGAAUCAGGAAUGUCAGAGCAUGCGACUGUCACAGGCCGAGCUGACGCAGACCCUUGAGGAAAGUCAAGGCCAGGUGCAGGGAGCUCACCUGAGGCUGAGGCAGGCCCAGGCCCAGCACUGGCAGGAGGUCCGGCAGCUGCAGGAGCAGAUGGGUCAGCUGGUGCCCCGGGACCACGUGGCUGAGCUGCAGCGCCUGCUCCAUCUCCAGGGAGAGCGGGCCGGGAGACGCCUGGAUGCGCAGCGGGAAGAACAUGAGAAACAGCUGAAAGCCACAGAAGAGCGAGCAGAAGAGGCGGAGAUGAUUCUGAAGAAUAUGGAAAUGCUGCUCCAAGAGAAAGCGGAUGAGCUGAAGGAGCAGUUUGAAAAGAACACAAAGUCCGACCUGCUGCUGAAGGAGCUGUACGUGGAGAAUGCCCACCUGGUGAGAGCACUUCAGGCCACCGAGGAGAAGCAGCGAGGUGCCGAGAAGCAAAGCCGCAUCUUGGAAGAAAAAGUUCGCGCUCUCAACAAACUCGUCAGUAGGAUUGCCCCUGCAGCCCUCUCUGUGUAAAGAUGGAUUAUUUCCUCGGAUUCAUUAGUAAGCACAUCUUUUAAAGUAAGCCGCCAUGAUGCCCUAGUUUUCCAUGGCUCAUGAGUCAUGAGUCCUGGUACAUCUGAGGAUUGGGAUUAUUUGUGCACCCACCAGACAUUUAAUGAAUGGUCUGCCCUGGGCAAGACAGAGGUGGGGGAAUAUGCACGUUGCAAAAGCCUGCAUUUUUAUUAGCAGUCCUGAGUAAUUUCCCUUGGCAAAAUUCCCAGAUUUGCCACUCACUGGAGCCGGAUUCUCGGAGCUGUCAGCAAGGAGCAGCAAAGUAAGCAGUUGAGGACAGCACUUUCCAUGUGCAGGCAAUGACCUUCUGACCCUGGCUGUCGGAUUGAAAUGUAAAAUCAGGGCUCUGCACAGUUUUGCCAUUUUACUGUUUUGCUCUGAGCUGAGGUUAUUAGAACUCUUGGUGGGGGGUGCAUACACACAUUCCAGAAAGGCUUCACUUGCUGGGAAUGUCAACCCCGCAAGAAAGGAGGGGAAGCCCCUUCUCCAGGGACCCUUGUCUUAGGUCUGUGGACUCAGGGAUGAUGGUGUUUAUUGCAAAUGCACAAUCUUUUUCCCAUUGAAAUGUCAUCACACUGGAAAUUGCACUAUAUGUAAAAAAAAAAGUAUAGUUUUAUAUUUGAAAUAUAUAUAAAUUAUGGCCAUAUGGCUGACUGGAAUGUACUACUGUAAUAUAAAAAGUCACUGUAUUUGCAAUAAAUUCUUUUCUAUUAAAAUUGA